AUGACAGAUUUGCCUCUUGGGGAAAUUCUCAUCCCGACCCUCAAGCACUGGUAUGUUUACCAGCUGGUUUAUCCGCUCUCCAUUGGCUUGGUCAAGUUCAGUAUCUUGGCGCAAUACUAUCGCAUUUUCGUCACCAAUCGCUUUCGAAUAGCCGUGAUUGGAGUGGCAGCCUUUGUCUUUGCGUACACCAUCAUUGUGAUUUUCGUCUAUGUAAGUUGUGAAUUUAAACCCUGGAGAGCAUGGGAUCCGACGUCAUUUCCAAAAGGAUGCAACAAUCUCCCUGCUGCAUAUUUUUCAACGGCCGGAAUCAAUAUCUUGACAGAUCUAGUCAUUCUGGUGAUGCCAUUACCUCUUCUUAUGAAGUUGAACCUGCACCGUCGAAGAAAGUACGCCCUCAUCGCCAUUUUUCUCAGUGGCGCAUUCGCAUCUGCCGCCUCGAUUGCCCGUCUGAACGCCCUAUAUAAAUACACCGUUACAAAGGACGUAUCUUAUGACGCGAUCCAGAUCCUUCUCUGGUCUCAAAUCGAAGUCAACGUCGCGAUAACCUCUGCCUCAGCCCCAUCCCUGCGCCCGAUGUUCAACAGCAUCUUCAAAAGCUCCUCCUACUUUGAAUCCUACGGGAACUACAAUCACCCGUCCAAUAACAUGUACGGAGCAUACAGCGCACCCAAUCAUCGACGGACAUUGAGACCAGGAACUCAGGGAGCAAUUGAGCUGAGCUCCCGAGAUGAUGAGAAUUAUACUGUGACGACGGUGGGUAUUUCUGGGACGCAUGCUCCCAACGGGGGUCAAGGUAGUGAGGAGCGCAUUUUGGCCCCUAAAUCAAACAUCACAAAAACGAUUGAGGUUGAAAUGAAGAGCGAGCAGCGGAAGUGA